GCUUCAGCCGAGAUGGAUUCAUUAUCUAUUAUUUUGUGGUGUUUAAUUAGUAUUGUGUCAAUAAUUUUCACUUAUUUCAGGAAAAAAUACUCGUAUUGGAAAGACCGCGGGGCAAAUUUUGUUGAACCUACCAUUCCGCUUGGAAAUUUACCAUUUCGGAAAGUACAUCUUAACGACUUCAUCGUUAGUAUCUACCAGCAUAAAAAUAAAACCCCUUUCGUCGGUGCUUACAUACUAGCGAAACCAAUUGUUAUGGCAACAAGUCUUGAUUUCAUUCAGAAUAUCUUGGUGAAAGAUUUCAGUAAUUUCCACGAACGCGGAGGAUACUACAAUGAAGUGGAUGAUCCCCUGAGUGCCCACAUGUUUGCCGUGGAAGGUGAGAAAUGGAAAUUUCUACGAACGAAACUAUCACCGACAUUCACCUCCGGCAAGAUGAAAUUCAUGUUCCCGACAGUUGUAGAAGUAGCAAAUCGAUUUAACGCCACCCUUGCGGAAAUUGUUAAAUCUGGGGGGUCGGAAUUAGAGCUCCGAGAUAUAUUUGCCAGAUUCACAACAGAUGUGAUUGGAUCUUGUGCGUUUGGAAUAGAAUGCAACAGUUUGAAAGAUCCUAAUUCAGAGUUCCGCUGCUAUGGAAGAAAACUUUUCGAAGACCCUAAAUUCGGCAUAGCAUUAUUUUUGUUAACUCUGCAAUAUCCGAAUUUAGCAAGGAAGUUACAUGUGAAACUGCUACCAAAAGAUGUGAGUGAUUUCUUCCUCAGUACAGUUCGUGAGACGAUCGAUUAUCGGGAAAAAAACAAUGUGAAACGCAAUGACUUCAUGAAUUUCCUGAUACAAAUGAAAAACGGCCAGAGUAUAGAUGAUGAAAGCUCAAACCAGAUGAGGAAAUUGACAAUAGAAGAAGUUGCUGCACAAGCGUUCUUAUUUUUUGUUGCCGGAUUUGAGACUUCUUCUUCUACGAUGGCAUAUUCCUUAUAUGAGCUGGCUUUGAAUCCUAAGAUUCAAGAAAGAGCCCGACAGGAAGUUAAGGAUGUUUUGGCGAAACAUGAAGGCAAAUUGACAUAUGAGGCAGCCCAAGAAAUGACAUACAUUGACCAAAUAAUAAGUGAGGCUCUUCGCAAAUAUCCACCGGUCGUAUUUCUCACUAGAAAAGCUGCGCAAGAUUAUCAGAUACCCAACACAAAAACCAUUAUUGAAAAAGGGAUGGAAAUAAUGAUGCCUGUUUAUUGUAUCCACCAUGAUCCUGAAAUAUAUCCAAACCCCGAAGUUUUCGACCCGGAUCGUUUCACGCCAGAGCAAAUAAGAAAUCGGCACCCAAUGUCGUUCUUAGGAUUCGGUGACGGUCCUAGGAAUUGUGUAGGAUUGCGUUUUGGACGAAUGCAAACGAAGAUUGGUUUAAUUACAUUAUUAAAUAAUUACGGAUUUAGACCAUCACCCAAAACUGCGGUCCCGUUGGUGUUUAACCCAGAUGUAGGAGUACUCACUCCGAAAGGUGGAAUGCAUCUUGGAAUCGAGAAAAUUUAGAAAUUGUAUUAUUAUUUAUAUGAAUUUCUAGAGAAAGUGUUUAUUUUGUGUGGUAUGGCGUUUUGUUUGAUUCGAAUAAAGCCAAGUAUUUUUCUUUA